GAUGGAAUAAUUUGACAUCAAAACACCGCACACAAGUUUGUUUUUAUCCAAUCUAUCUGUGAAAAAUCUUUGGAAAAUGAAUGAAAAGUGCACCUAAAACAUGUGGAAUGCACUUUCGCUGAUUCUUGUUGGUCUUCUGUGGGGCGCCACGAAUCCCUUCAUUAAGAAAGGCUCUCAGGGAAUACAGAAAGUAGAGGCGAAUUCCAGGAUCAAGAAACUCCUGCUUGAAAUCAAAUUCAUCGUCUGUCGAUGGCAGUAUUGGAUUCCUUUCCUGCUCAACCAGUCCGGAAGUUUGGUCUAUUUCUUCACACUGCAGAACACAGAAUUAUCCUUGGCCGUUCCUGUUGCCAAUUCCUUAACCUUCGUCUUCACUGCAAUCACCGCAAAGUUGCUGGGCGAAGAGAAGCUGCCGCCAAAGGCACUUUGCGGCAUUCUUCUCAUCCUCGUCGGCACGACAAUUUGCAUGAUCGACAGAAUCAAGACUGAAUCAGAGCCCAAUUUACAAACCGAUUUGUGAUAUAUUUUUUAAUAAAAGGA